GAAAAAGAAAAUAGACUUUGUAUUAAUUUUACCCAAAAUGCAAUAAUAAUAUUGCGGUUGUUUAUUUAUUUUUAUUUCUUUGUUGUUUAUUUUUGUUUAAUGCUGGACCAUAUGUUGAUAUGCUACCAUGGUUACCAAGAACAUAAACGCAACUAUUCACGAAGCCGUUUCGAAGUAGUUUUCACAAUUACAAAUCUUAAACAAUAUUUAUAUUACACACUUAAAACGCUUACUACAAACUGCAAACAUGUACAAAGUUGACUUGCCUUUAAACCAGUCCAUUGAAAAGGCUGUAGAAAGGAGGAGGUUUGCAGAGACAGUCCGUAAGGCUCGAAUCUUCAACACUCGCCUCCGUGUGAUGGGUGUCGAUGUUGAUGCUCUACACCAACAAGUCCAGGAGAAAAAACAUCAGAAAGACAUGGAGCAACGGCGUGACCAAUAUUUUGAUAAACUUGGAGAGUAUCAUGAGAACCUGCAGCUCCAGCAGGACACCGAUGAAAGACAGAAACAAGAAGCUUUGCACAGGGACUUAGUCCAGUACUGGGCCACUCAGCAGCGUAUGGAAGACUCCAGGGAUGCUGAUCUGAAGUGCGGCCUGAAGGGGGCGUCCAGGAUAACCGUUCAAGAGAGUGAGCUGGGCCCUGCUAGUAUGCAAGUCUUUCAGGGAGAGGGGGUUAAAGAGGGGCAGAAGAAAAGAGAAGAAAUAAAAAGAACUCAAACUGAUCUGCAGGCGCAGAAAGAAGAAAACGCAAGAAGACGCAUGGGAAACAAACACAGAGAAAAUGUGAGGACCAGAGAAGUGAUGCAUGAAGAUCUGAGGAAUGUUCAACAAGCGGCACUGGUGGAGGAGUGUCGGAGAGCUACCCGCGUCGCUCUUGACAACUAUAAUCGAGCUCUGGCUGCAGAGCAGGUAGAGAACACGAGGGAGCAACAGAGGAGGGAGGAAAGAGAGAAUUUUGCAGAGAUACGGCACACGCUGACAUCAGACAUGAUGACGGAGCGUGCAGGAGCAGCAGAAACAGGAUUGGAAGGAGGAAUAAUACCCAGGGUUCUGACUGACAGGUGGAAGGGGCUGACACCUGAGCAGCUGAGCGCCAUCCGUAGGGAGAGAGAGGCACAGUGUCUGGAGAGACAGAGACAACGUGAUGCUGAAACAAUCCAGGACGCAGCGUGGGACUUUCAGCUGAUGAAGCUGUCCACAGCGGCAGAAGACGAGGAGACAAAAACAGCCGAGCUGAGGAGACAGAGGAGGAUCCAGAUGGACCAGUACAACAUGCAGCUUGCCAAAGUGUUGUGGGCACAUCAAGACUUCCUGAACCAGAAGCUGUACACCAACAAACCCACCAAGGACUAUUUUAAUCAGUUCAACAGCAGCUCUCGCUGAACACCUGUCCAUUCCAGGCUCGUCCUUCCGUGACAAACACUUAAUAAAAUAUAUUGAUUAU